AUGGACUCCAACAAUGACGACACCGACGACACCAUCAAUCUGGCAAUGACCUACCUUCGCCGUCGCUAUGACCCAUCCAAUGCGACUGACACGCUCACCAUCCGCACCAGCUGGAUCCGCACCGUGCACCGAGCCGCCCAAGUUUACCUCCACCAAAUGACCUCGUCUUCCACCGACGAGGGCCUUCCCACCUUGUCAGGGGCUGCUAGCAAUAUCACCGAGAAAGACAUCCUCUACGCCUACAUCUGGCACUUGUUCGCCAGAGCGCGAGUGCGUGGCGCCACCAACUCGACCGACCCAACCGACCCCACGGAAGUAGUAAAACUGUUCACCACCGUCGGGGUCCACGACGUCUCCUUCCCUCCUCGUUUUGGUCCUCCCAGACAAACAACCCUAAGCUCAAACCAGGAGUACUUGGGCAACUUUCCGUCUGCCUUCCCCGUCAUCGUCACCGCCCCCUUACACCAAUUCUUCCUCCAGCCUGCCGUCACUGACAAGACAGCCAUCCCUCGGCUCCGACGGUACGCUCUGCUCGCUAGCGCGAUUCGCUCAGCCAUCGAGGAGGCUGUUCAGAAACCUGAGGCCGCGCAAACGCGACUUGGUCUACUUAGGCAGGUGCAACAUGAGGGACAACAACGAGAGGAGGGGCAGGAAGUGGCGCCGCGACAGGCGAUGGUGGUAAAGAAGGAUGGGAUUCAAAGAUGCAAAGGAGAGCUGUUUAUUGUUUCUCUUGAGGACGUGAAGGGACUGGGUUACUCGGGAUCGCAUGGGAGACGGAUGACGACGGUGGAAACUGGGUCGGAAAUGAUUUCGUCGUCAUCGGAGGAGGAGGAGGUAGGGAGUGAGGUACACACUGGGUAUACGCCGUCGACGCCGGCGACCGGUGACUAUCAUGCGAUUGUUUUGCCAGUUCGGGAGGGGGGCGGUAAAUGGAGAGUGCAGCUGCAUUUACAUCCGCUGGAUAGGCAGUGGUUGAGGAGGUGGGUGGAUGAGAACCCUGGGGAGGCUGAAAUGGUGCCGAGAGUUUGA